CUAUAUAUACAAAUUUCUUUAACCAAUCAAAAAAACAUACCUUGAGAUAAACUCUAGAUAUACAAAUUCUUUAACCAAACAAAAAACAUACCAUGAGGUAAACUCUAUAUAUACAUAUAUCUUUCACCAAACACAACACAUCUUGUACUAAACACACACAUUUCUAGUCCCCAAACCCUAAACUAGAAGAGAAAAAGAGAAAGUGCAACAUCAUAACAUCAAAUUCGUAUGUGCUUUUGCUUACCCUAAAAUCUCCAUCCCUACAAAAAGAAGAAGAAAAACAAGAAGAAGUUUAACAUGUCAGCUGCCGUGGCCGCUUCCGCUGCCGCCGCUACCAUGUCGGGUUACCACCACAACUCCUCCUCGAGACAACAACAACACAUAGACCAUGAAUUGGCCUUAACACCACAACGAGUGUGUGUCUCUCCACCUCUGAGCAGGUACGAGUCACAGAAGCGGCGCGAUUGGAACACCUUCGGGCAAUACCUGAAAAACCACCGACCACCUUUGACUCUCUCACGCUGCAGCGGCGCGCACGUUCUGGAAUUCCUCCGCUACCUCGACCAGUUCGGAAAAACCAAGGUUCACGCCGAAACCUGCGGAUACUUUGGAAACUCCCACCCUCCGGGUCCCUGCGCGUGUCCCCUGAGGCAGGCGUGGGGCAGCCUCGACGCGCUCAUUGGCCGGCUACGCGCCGCCUUCGAGGAGAACGGCGGCGCGCCGGAGAUGAACCCGUUCGGGACACGCGCAGUGAGGUUGUACCUCAGGGAAGUGAGGGACGCGCAGGCCAAGGCGAGAGGCAUAGCUUAUGAGAAGAAGAAACGGAGAAAACCACAACAAAGUGGACAUGAUCAUGAUCAUGAUGCGAUGAUGAUGGUGGGUUCUACGAGUGAUGUGAAUUAUUCUUCAGGGUAUAGUGGUGGUGGUGGUGGUGCCUUUGUUCCUCAUCAGCAAAUGCUGUCUGAUUCGAAUGGGACAGCUUCUACAUCUGAUGGGGUUUCUUAUUUCUCAUCAUCAUCCCAGUGUGGUGGGUUUAAUUGAUUGCGAUCAUGCGUGUUAUUUGAUCCCUAAGAAUCAAAAAUAGUGUCAAAAAUUUACAAUAAGUGGCACAUCCUUCUUCAACCAACUGAACUACGUCUUUAACAUUAUUCGUGUUAUAUGUUAUGAUGCAUGGUGGAAAAUUAACGAUUAAUGAUAUUAUUCUAUUCUAUUCUAUGGUUAGCGAUGUGGUAGGGCUCAAGGAUUCAACUAGUGUGGUCAUUAUUAGAAGCUUGUCAGGGUUUUUUUUUUCUUUUCUUUCUGAAUAGAAGCCUGUCAGGGUAGUGUCUAAUUAAUAUCGUAAUUUCGUUCUAUAUGGAAAAGUAUUGUGAAAGUUGAAGGAAUUCCUGCAUAUGGAGCUUGCAAAAGUGCAUACAGCAAACUAUUGUAUAAUUAAUAAGUGUGACUUUGAUUAA